GUCAGGCCAUUAGCAUUUGGCCCUACGCCUUUUAACAUCUUGCAAUAUUGUUAUCACCCUACUUAUAGAUAGGCGUACUUUCUCAACAAGCCAACCAGCCCUGGAAACCUCUCUUCUUUAUGAAUCAUUUCUUCUUUCAGCCAAUUUCAGCCUUUGAUUCAUUCUUUCACAGUACUAAUUUCCUUGUUGUAGUGCUUGUUUUCGGGCUUUGGUAUCUUUGAGGGAAUUAAUCCCAGGCUUCCUGAAACUCGGAGGAAGUUGUACUUUGUCUCAUCACUUUUCAAUAUUCUUCUCCUAGUCCCAGCAAAUAUUCUGUCUGAAGUUUCAGGAGCUCCAUCCAUGGCUAUGCUUACAUUAAAAUCAACUUACAACACAAACCUCUCACAAACGGUGGCCUUGGAGAAAAACAAUGGCAGCCCUUGUGAUGCUUCUUUCUCUACUUUCCUGAGCGGUGCUGAGGAAAAUUAUGUGCGAAAACAACUUUCAGAGUCAGGCCGAGACCUCGGCCCCAAGAUCAGCGACCAAGGUGAUCAUCAUUAUUCAGGAAGGAAGAAAGAAGAAGAUGGAGAGAUUGGAGUGUUUGGUGCUGAAAAGUAUUUCAAUGGAGGGAUAGAUGCGGAUAGUCCUAGAUUAACCAAGAUAGAUGCAAUGAAGCUUGAAUGUGUGAAACGUGAAGGAGUCAAUCUAGAGCCUAUCAAGCCUGUGAUACACCAGGGAAUUCCUAGUGUUCGCUCUGAAUCAAGCUGGAACAGCCAAAGUGCAUUGCUCCAGAUUGUUACGAGGAAUCCUCCGCGGCCAAAAGCUAACAAGGUGAACGGAAAGACUUUUCUUUCUGGUCUUGUUGCCUGCAAAUGCUACUGUUCUGAUAGGGAUUCUGUUGAUAUUGAAGAACAAGUUGGUGAAAUAAGUUUCAAGAGAACUGCUAACGGUGGGGUGGUUCAAGGCAGGCAAAACAAAGCAGCAGCCAGUAAGGCUAGUCUAGAGGUCAAUAAACCACCGGCAGAGCCCUGGAUCAAGGAGGACCUUUUUACUUUCCCGACUAUGAAUUCUACUGUGGGAAUUCAGCCAGUUAAUGUUCCGUUGCAAGGAGAAGUAGAUGAAAUCGGACGGAAAUCACUAGAGGUUUUUGGCUCCCCUGUACUUGGAAGGAGAAACAAGCCUUUGAACCUUGGGAGGAGGCUAAAAAUGUUGUCUUGGGAUUCAAAUCCAAAAGCAGAAGAAACUGAAAAUCCUAAAGGUAACUACAAUGAUACAGAGAGUGAUGCAAGUUCAGAUUUGUUUGAGAUAGAGAGCCUCACAGGCAAAGCCUAUCCCUUUCUUGCAAGACAAGCAUCUGAAGCAGCAUCUGGCUGUGUCACCCCAACAACUUGUUAUGCACCAAGCGAGGCCAGCAUAGAGUGGAGUGUGGUCACUGCCAGCGCAGCAGAUUUCUCAGGGAUGUCUGACUAUGAAGAGCUAAGGCCAUCAACAACAACCUUACCAAGCCCAAUUAAAACAUUUUCGACAACUAUAGAUGCCAAAACUAAGAGUGACAAGGAGUUUCAGAGGCGCCGUUCAGGUGGUCUAUUGGGCUGCAAUAGCCAGAAAGCUGUCAAAGUUGCUGAAGAUGCAUACAAAACAAAUGACAAGGCAGGUUUCGAGCCAAGAAUGCGCCGUGUGUCUGACUCCUACACGCCUGCCACAAGGUUUCGAGCUGAGACUCAACUUGCCGGUUUUGAACCUAUACAAACGCCACGGAUUCUUGCCACUCGCUCCCUUCCCCAUCCACAUUCAUCACCACGAGCUUCGCCUCUCUUGUAUAUUCAGUAGGUUGGAAUAGCUUGUCUGUAGUUUGUUUUCAUUAGUUAUUUUUGGUGUAAAACUUGUUAUUAAAAAACUUUUAUGCUUCUACUAGUACUAGUGUUGAAUUCCAUAAAAUGAACCUAAUCAUUUGGAAA